GCUCAGUAGCAGCUGUGAGGCGGUCGAACACGCACACACACACACGGGAGCUGAACGCGUCCUUACUAAACCACCUUGCAGCACCAUGAGGGCUUCUUGCGCUGCCUGCACGUUGCCUGAAGCUCGCAACCUCUUGCAGUGACUGCCAGUGCAAGUGAAACAGUGACCGUGAUUUAUGGUAACAGUGGCUCUACAACAGACAGUGACUGUUGUGUUAUAAUGAACGGAAGCAGUAGAGAAGGAACAGUGAAGUAGUUGUGUGUAGGCCGGAGGAGACCUGCUUUGUACUACUUAAUGUUUGCAUGAAAUUAUCUCAGUUUUGAGAAGAUCUUCAAGACAGAGUGAGUUAUAGAAGCCAACAGCUCCUUCAGUCCGGCUCUUGUGGAGCAAGUUGCCGCUGAAACAGAUAAAUAUCCAGUGAUUUUACCGUGUGUUCUCUGCCAGUAUACCACAGAGGACUGCCGGCACAACUGGACACCUGACGUCCGUGUACCUGGAUGCCCGAGUGGACCAUCUCAGUAGAGUGCACAGAGUACCGUGAGGAGAGCUUCACUUUUACCCAAGACAUGGUACUCAAGAACGUCGGCGAGGGCGACAGCCUUCGCGAGAAGGUCAUGAAGAAAAAGUACUACUGCAAGAAUAACAAAAGGAAGAAGCAGCAGCCCUUCCCUGAGGAUGAUACCUUCAAGUUCGCCGACUAUGACUGCAUCGGCUUUGACCUCGACAACACAAUCUGCCGGUACAAAGUGGGCGAAAUUAUGCGCUUGGAGUACAACCUUAUAGCCGAGUACAUGGUUAACCGCUAUGGGUAUGAGCCGGAAUUGCUGUUGCCCUUAGAUGACGACAUGGACUUCCUGCAGAAGGGGCUGAUACUGGAUAUCAAAAGAGGCAAUUUCCUGAAGUGUUCUAACACUGGUCGCAUCCUCCGCGCCACCCACGGCACGCGACCAAUGACCAGAGAUGAGAUCCACGACACCUAUGGUAAAGACCGCAUCUGGGAGCCUGUUAUAGAGUUCUCCAGGACCCUUUACGACCACCCGGUGCUCGGGGAAGCUCCGGUUCUGCGGUCCUUCAAGGACUACUUCGACAUGCCGGCCGCCGUGGCCUGCGCACGGGCGAUUGACGCGCAGGACAGCUCACCGGAAGGCCCCUUGGAGGAGUACGACAUCUGGCCGGAUGUGCAUGUUGCUAUGUGCAACAUGUACCGCAGGGAACACUUCCGCAAUAACCAGGGAGGAUUCUUCCCAAGGAUUAAGAACAACCCCGAGAAGUACAUUUAUGAAGCUAGUGACAAGUUAAAGAAAUGGCUCAAGUCCAUAAAUGAGCACACCUUCACAUUCCUCAUAACGGGAUCGAGCGUGGACUACGCAUCCCACUGCGCCAGAUACGUCCUGGGUCCUGACUGGCGUGACUACUUCGACACCGUCAUUUUCACCGCGAAAAAGCCGUCAUUUUUCUCCGGAGAGAAGCCCUUCCGCUUCUGUGUCGGAGUAGAUGACGGGGACGUGGUUCCUGCACACAAACUACGCAUCGACGAGACCUACUCUGGAGGCAAUUGGAGAGACCUGUUGAACCUGGUGAAGCGGGAGACUUGCGUGGAUAACCCCCACUGCCUGUACGUCGGAGACCACCUCGCGCAGGACGUCUGUGCGCCGUCACUCAUGGGAAUCGACACGGUAGCGAUCGUGGAGGAACUGGCCGCCGAGGGUAUGAUCGGGGAUGCCAUGGAGCACGACGCCGGCUCGGAGCUCAUGAGCACUUACUGGGGGUCGUUCUUCACUACCGACGGCGACAACCGGGUGAUGGGGAUCGAGCGCAUCAACACCCUGUACGGCAGCGUGCCCCUCAGACACUCCCGGAUUGCCGUGCCCUCCCUGGAGGUCGUGGCGAGGUACCCCAUCAAACACCAGUUCGAAGCCUUCAGCCAAGACUCCUCCGGCUACUUCCCCGGCGAUCCGGUCAUCCUUCAUUUCUAAGAGUCAUGUUGCGCACUUGUCCAUAGAGUCAUUAGCUCUACACAGAUGGAUAUGCUGUCAUUCUCUUGGAAGUCGUCCAUCUAUCAGAGUGCACCUGCCAGCUGGCUGACAGCUGGCUUUCUGUCGCCUCUAGGUGGGGCGAGGGCCCAGUCAUGCCCACGUGAAAUAUUAAGCGUCUGCUUAGUACGGUUGGCAAAGGUUCAGUAACUCUUGUUCACAUUAUUACAAGCAUUUGUCUACCUGAUUAUUGCAGCACUAAUAUUAUCCAGAGUUCACAGACAAUUUAUGUGAGAUUUCAGUAUUUAACUUAUCUAAAAGUUAUUGAAUGACUCAUAUAUAUAUAUAUAUAUAUAUAUAUAUAUAUAUAUAUAUAUAUAUAUAUAUAACAGGCGCUCCUUGUCAUUAGCUGUUCAUAUUCAUAGUCUUACGUUGUUUGGUCCCUCUAGUACAUGAUAAGAUUUAUCAUUUGUUGUGUCAAUACUUUGGUUAUAUUAACCAGGAAAUAUUGGGUGUUUUGGGUUGCAUUCAUACACUAUGAUGCACGUAGUUAAUAGGAACUUCAACUAAAUAAUACACCACCACUGAGAAUAGUGUGAUGAUGACUUAAUAGAAGCUAAAUAGAAGCCAUGUUCUUAGAUGUAUUUCAUCUUUUCUGGCAAAAGAUGGUAGAGACGCAGCUCGUAGCGCAGUAGCAGACGUCGCAAUGUAACACUCAUCUUCCUGGUUUUGAAGCGAGUCAUUUAGUAUUUUAGCGAGGGAUUCGUACACGUCUUGAACGGGUCGUUGUUCACGGUAUUCUUAAGUGAGGUAUUUUCUUAUUUUUUUCCAGAGUAAUAAAGGAGGAAUAUGGAGUAAAAAUAGAGUGAGGAAUAUAAAUCCUUGAUCAGUUGAUCAAGAUUUUGAUCAGAAGUUAAUCCUUGCGUAUUUGUAAAAUAAAAUAGAGUUUUAAGAAACAUCUGCUUAUAAACUGUUAUGUAUUUGCAUGUCAAUUUAUUGGCAUUUUUACAGAUUUUUUAUACUUUUACGUAAAUCCCUGGAUGACAGAUCAACGCUCACAUGUAAAUCUUGUGCAGGUCAAUACUGUAGUGGUAAAUAUUGCAUUUAGCAAUUUAUAUAUAUAUAUAUAUAUAUAUAUAUAUAUAUAUAUAUAUAUAUAUAUAUAUAUAUAUAUAUAUAUAUAUAUAUAUAUAUAUAUAUAUAUAUAUCAAAUUUUACGUGAAACAUUGAUUUCUAUUUAAACUACAAGUUAGGUGAAAAAGUAACAUGUCUGUAUAAAUCAAGUUUUUAUGUUAAUCUAUAAUUUCUAUAUAAACAAUGAAGUGUUGUUUGUAUUGAUCAUUUCGGUCAAUAUAUUUAAGUCAUUAUCUAUUUAUAGUGAAAAGUUAUAUUAUUGAUUUACUUAUCGCUUUGUUCUGCGACUGUAAACAGCCAUUACUCACCUAUUUGUACUCACUUAUUUGUGCUUUGCGGGGGGUUGAGCUUUGGCUCUUUGGUCCCCGCCUCAUUAUGUAUUAGCUUAGGUGUAAACCAUCUCUGUUCACUUGUAAAAAGAUGAAAACAAUGAUAGAAUAAUUGUAAAAAAAAAAUAUUCCAAGUUAUUUAUAAUCAUUAUUUUGCUCAUUGUGAUGUAAAUGAUCACUAAAGUGCUCUUGUUAGCAAAGAUCCUAAUUACACUUAUAAAGUUGAAGACUUGUAAACCACGUUGUUAGACCUGUUAACUACCCCAGGCCACUUUGAUGGUCACGGAAACAAACAGCUGUUUUUUUUUUAAUAGACUUAGCUACUCAGAAUGAAAUAUCCAUGUAGCACGGGCUAUGGUGAACCCGUAAGACACACACCGCUGUCAUUUCAAAUCAUUUGUGCCAAUUACUAACUCCACUCUGUUACACAAAGACCCUUGAUCUCUACGAGCCACCGGGCCUACAUUCCCUUGUACCUCAGCCUCUCUACAAGAUCCAUCUGACCUGUCAUCUCAGUUCUACUUCCUGGCCUUAAGUCUUUGUCUGUAAGCCUUAAGGCUAAGUCUUCCUAGAGCCCUUGCAUAUUGUGAUUUAAAAGACUUAUAGAGAAAACGGAAUGCCAGUUUUAAGGGAGAUUUAUUCAUUCUAGCAGCCAAAUUUGUCUGAAUUUACCUGACCAUCCUUCUAGUUGCCCCUAUCGGGGACAGGAAGCUGGAUGCUUGUCAAAGGCUUCCCCCCAGUGUUCCAGAGGAGUUUUUCCAAUAUUUCUUCCUCAAUGCUGAUCUGGAUCUGGUUUUCCAAGAAUAGAAAUGUUAAGAGGCUCUGUUAAGUUUUGUUAAGAGAGCAUUUACCCCCCUUAGUCUCUCCCUUGUUUCCCUUGAGCCUUCCUCCGGUCCCCUUGAGUCUCUCUACCGUCCCCUUGAGCCUCUCUACCGUCCCCUUGAGCCUCUCUACCGUCCCCUUGAGCCUCUCUACCGUCCCCUUGAGCCUCUCUACCGUCCCCUUGAGCCUCCCUCCCCGUCCCCUUGAGCCUCUCUACCGUCCCCUUGAGCCUCUCUACCGUCCCCUUGAGCCUCUCUACCGUCCCCUUGAGCCUCUCUACCGUCCCCUUGAGCCUCUCUACCGUCCCCUUGAGCCUCUCUACCGUCCCCUUGUGCCUCUCUACCGUCCCCUUGAGCCUCUCUACCGUCCCCUUGAGCCUCUCUACCGUCCCCUUGAGCCUCCCUCCCGUCCCCUUGAGCCUCUCUACCGUCCCCUUGAGCCUCUCUACCGUCCCCUUGAGCCUCUCUACCGUCCCCUUGAGCCUCUCUACCGUCCCCUUGAGCCUCUCUACCGUCCCCUUGAGCCUCUCUACCGUCCCCUUGAGCCUCUCUACCGUCCCCUUGAGUCUCUCUACCGUCCCCUUGAGCCUCUCUACCGUCCCCUUGAGCCUCUCUACCGUCCCCUUGAGCCUUCCUACCGUCCCCUUGAGCCUCUCUACCGUCCCCUUGAGCCUCCCUCCCGUCCCCUGAAGCCCCCCCCUCCAGUGUAGGGAAGGAGUGUAUAUAUAUACACUAGGCCAAGCGUGCGUCUGUCUGUGAUCUCUGCGUCAGUAUGACUAAACAAAGGUUAAGUUUCAGAUUGUAUAAAGUUUAUAUUUUUAUACAAGUAAAUCAUAUGCAGUUG